CUUCUCUGACCAUGAUCUUUCUUAUAAAGGCAUCGUUUCUGAAGACACGUCUCAUUCAUAUAUACUUCAAACUCUUUGCAAACCAGAACCAAAUAGAAACCAACUAAAGUACGAGCUAGCUAGUUCUGUUAACACAAUGGCUUCACAGCAAGAGAGAAGAGAGAACGUUACUGAUGAACGUGAAAUCAACCUUGAGAAAAAUAAAGUUCCCCAAAUAGCAAGCCAUUUUGAGUCACUAGCUGAGAAAGUUCAAGCUGCAGCCGAUGUCCAUCCUGCAGGUCCAGGUGCUGUUCAUGUCAAGAGUACUGUUACUGUUACAGGUCAGGGGGACCAAGGCGCACAUGAAAAGAAAUCUCAAAGUCAUGAGCAAGAGUCUCAACAAAUGCAGCAAGCUCGGAGGGAAAAAGAGGGUGAUAUACAAAGGAAGAAACUGUCGUCUACUCUUCAAGCUAAGAGUUCCGAGAUUCUUAAUCAGGGGAGAAAGCAACAGGAAUUUGAAGAGAGACCAGGUGGCGUCAAAUUUGAAGUUCAAGGCCAAGAACAUAAGGGUUCAGACACAGGCAGAGAAACCGAAAUGCAAAAGCAGGAAGGUGAAUCUCGUGGCCGUGACAUUAGUUCCAUGCAACAAAGCAGAGGAGUUGCUACAGGUGGGCAACAAGAGACAGAAACACAAGCAAGGGGCGAAGGUGAAAGCAGAGCAGGGGAAGUAAGUCAUGGUACUAGUGAAGAAACAAAAGGUCCAUCCUUGGAAGAAAUAUCUCAAUACAGGGGCACAGCGCAGCAGAAUUCCAUGGAAGCAAUUAGAGCAGCUGAAGAGCGGUACGAAAAGGCCAAGGAAAAGGGUGGCUCAACAUUGCAGAAUGUUAAAGAAUCAGCAACUCAUGGACUUGGAGCUGCAGGUACAUAUGCAACAGAAGCUAAAGACACUGUUACUCAAGGUGUUCAAAAGGGAACUCAAUAUGUAGCUGAAAAAGCUGGAGCUGCUAAAGAAACUGCCCUUGAGAAAGGCCAACAAGCUUAUGCUGCAACUAAAGAUACCCUUUCAAGUGCUGGACAAACUGCAGUACAAUCAGCACAACAAGCUAAAGAUUAUGUUGCCCAAAAAGCAGGGGAGACUAAAGAAUAUGUUGUCCCAAAAACCGAGGAAAAGAUAAGUACUGCUGGUGAAGUAGAAACUCUUUCCCCUGGGGAGAUAGCUUCAGUAGCAAAAGAGUGUGUUCAAGAAAAGAGCAAGAGCGCAACAAGCUAUGUAGGAGAAAAAGCAGCUAAAGUUAAAGAUAUAACAGUGGAAACGGGGAAAGGUGCAGUAGGAUAUGCAGGGAAAGUAGCUGAAACAGUGAAGGAAAAAGCAGUAGUGGCUGGCUGGGGAGCUGCACAUUUUACUGCAGAGAAAGCUGCAGAUGCUACUAAAGCUGUUGCUGGUGUUGCUUCUUCAGUUGCUGGGUAUGCGGGAGAUAAAGCGGUGGCGGCGAAGGAUGUGGUUGCUGAUGUUGGGAAGAAAACAGUUGGAUAUGCGGAGGAUAAGUUGGUUGCAGCAAAAGAUUAUGUAGUUUCAGCUGAGGAAAGUGCAGCAGAGUAUGCAGCUAGGAAAAAGGCGGAAGCAGAGAGAGAAUCAGAAGCUAAGAGAUCACACGACACCAAGGAAGAAACAAAGGUGGAAGAAAAAGAAAGCGGAGUCAAACCAAUGGAGAAAGUUAAAGAGUCCAUUGAAGAAGAAUCAGGAGGAGGAGGAGAGAAAGGCAAGCAGUUGGAGGAGGGAGCAGCAGUGGUAUUGCAAGCCAUUGGCGAAACUAUAGUUGAGAUUGGGAAAACAACUACUGAUCUUGUUGCUGGCCAUACCAGGGGGGAGGAAUCAGUGGGAACUGAAAAAAGUCCAUCACAAUAAAACUGCUUGAGAUGGACAUUAUGAGGAUUUCACUUGGUUUGCAUUUAGCUCUACGUACAUUUUGAAGUUCGUUUUAGUUAUAUGUUGAAGGGGUGGUUUGCUGGAUGUUAGAUUUUAGCGUAAAUGGUAGUGUAUGUUUUUGUCGAUAAUAAUAUGAUAGAACUUUAUUUGGUGCGACACACAGCCAGUUAUUCCUGUGCUUUCCUUUAGGUUUCAGCUUUAUAAUUUGAUCAAUGGAUGAAAGAUUCACAUAUAGUUGAAGGGGUGGUUUGCUGGAUGUUAGAUUUUAGCGUAAAUGGUAGUGUAUGUUUUUGUCGAUAAUAAUAUGAUAGAACUUUAUUUGGUGUGA